GGGGGGGCCGGUCACUCGCAGCGCCAGCCCUGGGCCGGCCGACACAAAGGCUUCGUAGCGCGGUUGCCAGAGCGCCGCCGGUCGCUUGGUAACCGCCCGCUGCCGCUUUAUCCGGGGGCGUCUCCUGGCUGGGGGCGGGGUGGAGCUGGAGUCCCUGCGGGCGCUUGCCCGCCGUGUCCCAGGGCUCAUUCUCGGCUCCGCUCCCGCUCCUAUGCGGGCUGCGGCCGCCGUGCUCGCAGCACCGUGCCCGGCGGGCGGCCCCUCCGGGCAGCGGGUCCCGUCCCUGCGAGCGCGCCCCAGCCCCGCCGGCGCUGCCCCGGAGCGCCAUGAGCUCGGAGCCGCCCCGCGCCUCGCUGCUCCGCGCCCUCUUUAAGAUGGAGCCGGCGGCGGCCGCCUCCGAAGUACUGGGGGGAGCCUCGGAGUUCGUGAAAGAUCGGUUGUACUUCGCUACUUUACGAAAUAAACCGAAAAGUACUGUAAAUACCCACUACUUCUGUACCGAUGAGGAACUGGUCUAUGAAAAUUUCUACGGAGAUUUUGGACCUUUAAAUUUGGCAAUGCUAUACAGAUACUGCUGUAAACUAAAUAAGAAAUUAAAGUAUUUCAGUCUAUCAAGAAAGAAGAUCGUGUACUACACCAGUUUUGACCAGCGGAAGCGAGCGAAUGCAGCGUUUCUAAUAGGUGCAUAUGCUGUUAUAUACUUGAAGAAAACACCAGAAGAAGCUUACAGGAUGCUUUUGUCUGGAUCUAAUCCACCAUAUCUUCCAUUUAGGGAUGCUUCAUUUGGGAACUGCACAUACAAUCUUACCAUCUUGGACUGUUUACAGGGAGUAAAUAAGGCCUUGCAGCAUGGAUUUUUUGACUUUAAGACAUUUGAUGUGGAUGAAUAUGAACACUAUGAGCGAGUGGAAAAUGGUGACUUCAACUGGAUUAUUCCAGGAAAAUUUUUGGCUUUUAGUGGACCACACCCAAAAAGCAAACUUGAAAAUGGUUAUCCUCUUCAUGCACCUGAAUCCUACUUUCCCUAUUUCAAGAAGCAUAACGUCACAUCAAUCAUAAGACUAAACAAAAAAAUUUAUGAGGCAAAACGCUUUACUGAUGCUGGUUUUGAGCAUUAUGAUCUGUUCUUCAUAGAUGGCAGCACACCAAGUGACAGUAUAGUUCAGAGGUUCCUGAAUAUCUGUGAAAAUGCUGAUGGUGCCAUUGCUGUACAUUGUAAAGCUGGCCUGGGGAGAACAGGAACACUGAUUGCCUGCUACAUAAUGAAGCACUACAAGUUCACACAUGCUGAAGCCAUUGCUUGGAUAAGAAUAUGUCGCCCAGGCUCUAUUAUAGGACCCCAGCAACACUUCUUGGAAGAGAAGCAAGCAAUGUUAUGGCUGGAGGGAGAUCUCAUCCGAUCAAAGCAGAACCAGCGAGGAAUUGAUGCAAACAUUAACAGAGUUCUUUGUAGCUUGAAUGACAUUUCCAUCAGUGACACUCUGAAUAAAGUGCAAGACUUGGAUCAAUACAAGGAGAAUGAUUCUGAAGACAAAGCAGAUGUGGAAGCUCAGAAUGGCGUGACACAGGGAGAUAAGCUUAAUGCCUUAAAAAGUCGGAGACGGCCUUGUUCUGCUACAACUGGAGCUCUGAGGCUGCAAGACAUGAAACUGCACACCAGGUCAAUAUCACAACCCUUCAGACUGAAUACUUCAGGUAGCCCAGAAGGGUCCAUAUCUCCUCUGAAGGCCUCCCGAGUGAUGGCAGUUACUUCACCAUCUGCAGAAAGAAUAAGCAGACUUUCCACGUCCUCAGGCUCUAACCUUAAAAGCGUUUCCAUAAGCUCCAGACUAGCCAGUUCUCUAGGGAACCUGUAUGCUGCUUCAGAUGAUGAUGAGAGCAAAAUGACAUCAUCGUCCUCUAGGACAGGUUUUUCUGUAAGCCAUAUCUCCAGUCACCUGAAUGGCAGCUUGCAGCUCCCACACAGGAAAAACCAUGAACUGAACAACAACUUAUACAACAGAAGCAGCAGUAGUGGCAACAACCUGAGCAGCCAAAGCAGCUUUCACAGCGCUGUGACAGAUGAGUACACACCAGCCUUCCUUUAUGGGCCUUACAACUCUUCCAGCACGAUCCCAGAGUCAAUUCCUUCCCUUCAGUCUGAGUAUGUUCAGUACUAAAGCCUUGCUGCUUUGGUGAAACCUGCUGAGCUCUUCGAAUCUAUGUCCUUCAUGGUGCAGAAGAACUGAAGAAAGGAAGCUGCUCAUUAAAAGGAGGAACCUUCAAUACAAGAUGUCUUAAAACCUUAACACCAAGAGGAGACUUCUUAACAGGAAGAAAUUUAUCAUUAAUGACUACUGCAGAUGCACUGAAGUUGAAUUUAUGGAAAAUACUACCCCCAUGUUAUAUACAAAUUUAAAUUUUUUAUGUUGAGACAGCUUGAAUAUAUUUCUAAUGAGUUUCAUUAAGACAUUUAUUAACUUGUGUACAGUGUUAAAAUAUGUAUUAAGAGAAUAUUUUGGUAAACUAUAUAUAAAAAUUAUGUAAAAACUAGAAUAUAUUUUAAUUUAGGGUCUACUUUGCUACAAAAAUGUGUAUU